AUCUCAGCUGUGCUGCACAGACCCCGGCACGCAGGGUGCGUGGGGGCCCCCCGGCAGCCAGCGCCCUGCAGCACAAGCCGCUGCGAUGCUCCACUCCCUCGGCGUUCACACCUUGCAGCUGCUCACCCAGGCGGCCGCCUGCAUCCUCCUCUUCCCCCGCUUCCUGCUCACCGCCGUGAUGCUCUGGCUCCUGGAUUUUCUGUGCAUUAGGAAGAAGAUGCUGACGAUGCCCACGGCGGAGGAGGCGGCCAGCACCAGCGAGGGGCCGCCCCCCGACGACCCCCCGGUCUGCGUGUCCGACUCCAACCGCAUGUUCACGCUGGAGUCGCUGAAAGCCGUGUGGCAUGGGCAGAAGCUGGACUUCUUCAAGUCGGCACACGUGGGUUCCCUGGCCCCCAACCCCGAGGUGAUCCAGCUGGACGGGCAGAAGAGACUCCGCAUCCUGGACUUCGCCCGCGGCAAGAGACCCCUCAUCCUCAACUUCGGUAGCUGCACCUGACCCCCGUUCAUGGCCCGCCUGAGGUCCUUCCAGCGCCUGGCCGCGCACUUCGUGGACAUUGCCGACUUCCUGCUGGUGUACAUCGAAGAAGCACACCCCUCCGACGGCUGGGUCAGCUCCGACGCAGCCUACAACAUCCCCAAGCACCAGUGCCUCCAGGACAGGCUUCGGGCAGCUCAGCUGAUGAGGGAAGGGGCGCCCGAUUGCCCCCUGGCCGUGGACACCAUGGACAAUGCUUCCAGCGCCGCCUACGGUGCCUACUUCGAGAGGCUCUACAUCAUCCAGGAGGAGAAGGUGAUGUACCAGGGAGGCAGAGGACCAGAGGGCUACAAGAUCUCGGAGCUGAGGAGCUGGCUAGACCAGUACAAAACCCGGCUCCAGAGCCCCAGCACGGUGGUCAUCCAAGUGUAAAAAGGACCUGGCAAGAAGCGCAGGGGUGGAGAGGCGAGGGAGGGCGGGAGGAGAGGUGGGGAGGGAGAAGGCACUGCGUCGCGGAUGGCAGGAGCUGUCUUCCCGCGGGGACACUCGAAGGAGGCUGCUGUGCGAGCUUUCGAGCAAGAUGUGCCAUAGUCCUUUCUCUAUUCAAAUCAUGUUGAUUUGCCAGCCACGCUCUGUCAAUACUGUAUUUCCAUGUGCGUUUUGUAAAUAACUCUCUCUUUUUCCUUUUUUUUUUUUUUUUGAGAAGCGUUUACUAUUUUUUAAGGAGGCUCUCUUCCUACGGGAUCUGUUCCCAGCUGCGUGUGUGCGCGGGUGUGUGUCUGAAAAGUUGUGUACAAGUGCUCCAUGCUGCCUAGCAAGUGCUAACUGGGAUUUCUAGUAUUUCUUUGUGAUGACCGAUUUUGAAAUGGGUUUCUCUAAUGCCAGGAAAUCGCGUCUGAUGUUGUCAAAUACUAGAACUGCCAAUAGCCAGAGCUGGACGGAAUGUCCUAUUUAUGUGGGGGGGUUUUGUAAGACGUUCGUUCACCUUCCUUUUUUUUAUGAAUUUUUUUAAAUAAUAAAAGUUGAGUAAAUACA